AUGAACAAAGGGCAUGUCGAGGAAGUGAGCAGUCCAAAUCCGAAUCCAGGAAUGAUGGACCCGAGCGCUAAAUACGAACAAAUUUCCUGCGAAACAUUGGCAAUAUGGCUGGCAACAUCAAAGAAGGUACUUCUUAUAGAUUGCCGCUCUUUCCCUCUUGGCAAGAAGAGGUUAAAGGGAGCUCAAGCGAUGAGGAGCAACUCUAUCAAAAUGCGCAGAUGUAAAGGAAAUCUUCCUUUACCGGACAUCAUUCCCGAUGCAGAGGCAAGACACCGAUUAGAAAACGACCAUUACGAGUGCGUAGUAAUUUAUGAUGAAAAUGGCAUCACCAGCACCUGCAAGUUAGUUUUCGACAAUAUUCAAAAGGUCUCUGUUUCGUCGAGAAUAUGCGUUCUUGAAGGUGGUAUGAGCAGCAUUCAAAAAACACACCCUGGCCUUGUGGACCAAGGCAACAGCGCUGGGUUGGCGCCGAUCUCAGUCGAUGGAAAGCCGCCAAUGCUGACUCCACUUCCUCCGAGAACUCCUUCUUUUGACGAGACUGCAGUCGACGAGCGUUUACGUACUGUUAGGCAAAGUGAAAAGGAAAAGAACACACCCGAGUAUGAUCAGGGACCUCCAGUGAAUAUUCUUGAUCACUUAUUUCUUGGUUCGGCGGCACAUGCAAGUCAAUUGGAGCUGUUGAAACGGUUAGGAAUCACUGCACUGCUAAACGUGAGUCCUAACUGUCCGAACCACUGGCCGGAUAAGUUCGUCUACGAGACAAUCCCAGUUGAAGAUAAUUCGACUGCCGAUAUCAAGGCCCACUUUCACAAGGCGAUAAGAUUUAUCAACAAAGUGAAGGAAGACGGGGGCCGUGUACUUGUGCACUGUAGAGCUGGAGUCUCUCGCAGUGCUACUCUCUGCCUUGCUUACUUAAUCUCUUGUCGGGGAAUGUCCCUUAACGACGCAUACGACGAAGUAAAGAGGAAAAGACGCGUGAUCGCUCCGAACUUCAACUUUAUGGGACAGCUACUUUCGUGGCAAGAAGAGCAGCGCUUGAAUCCGUUGGUAGAGCCGAUGGCCGAGCUGCAGAUAGAGUCGCAGACCUAG